UUCUUGUCCUCAACAAGUACUCAAGGAAAAAACAGAACCCAUACAGAAUCUCAAAUUUUUCUCAUGGGAAACCCCAAAUUUUCUGAUAACCCACAACCAGUGGCUACUAGACGCCUCAAAAUCUGCUUGUUGGUGUCUUCAAUUUUCUUGGUCAUUCUUGGCACUGUGAUUUUGACCUUAUCUCUCACCAUCUUUAAACCCAAGAACCCAUAUAUAAGUAUCCACCCAGUUGGCCUUGAGAACUUUGAGCUAUUUUCACCUAAUUCAACUACUGACGAACCUCUUAACUUGGUCAUCACAAUAGUGAACCCAAACUAUGGAAGCUUCAGGUGCCAAAAUUGCAGCGGUUCUCUUAAAUAUCGUGACACUAUUGUAGCUGAAGUUCCAAUUAAGGUAAAAUGGAUCCCUGCUCGUAGCACGAUUAAUGUGAGCACUUCUGCAGGAAUAAUGACCAGAAAAAUGAUAUCUGAACCAAAGUUUUGGUCAGAUGUUGAAGCUGGGAGCUUGAAUUUGACACCAAAGGCAACACUUCGUGGGAAAGUGCAGUUGCUCAAGGUUUUGAAGUUGAAGGCCACGAUUUAUGUGUCAUGUGCUCUCUGUUUUAAUAUAAGUUCCAUUAGUGCUGAUUCCAGCUGCAUAUCCAAAAUCAAGGUGUGAUUAAUUGUUAGUUUGGGUGGGAGGUACAUGUUCUUGUUCAAAUAUAUAGUAUAUAUAUAUAUUUUUUGAACAGUUCAAAUAUAUAUAUAUAUAUAUAUAUAUAUUUUUGAACAGUUCAAAUAUAUAGUUGCCUCAAUAAGUUGAAUUAGUAGGCACUUGGUUAAGAAAAAUAAAUAAAUAAAUAGGAGGGGGUGGGGGAAGGCAUGUUAUUUGCUUUCCUCUCAAAUUGUACCUUUUUCUUACUCUUCAUUUUAGAUUUAAUUGCCAUCUAUUUAUUUGCAAGGAACUAGAUGUUUUCUGUGACAUUGAAGAAUAUGCCAGAUUAUUACA